UUUUGCCAACUCCAGCCUGGGCUCUUCCCUGCUUCUCCUUCAUGAAGGGCUCCUUCCUUGCUUUAUGGGACUUCAGUACUGCUUCUAGGAGCCUCUUAUGAACUGUCCUUCCAGUGCGCUUCACCCCACUUUUAAUGCUUUCCAUUCUUUUUGAAAGGUACUUCAUGUCAUCCUCUAAUUCCUGAGGUCCCCCUGAUAAGUUGACGCUCAUCUCUGGCAUUAGAAAGUCACUCCCACCCUCUACUUGGCUGGUUUCUGGUCAGUCAGUGUCUCCUGCUUCACGUUUUAGAAUCGUUGAGCCUGGAAGCAACCUGCCGCUUGGUGUAACCUGCCAGCAGAACUAGGAUUAACCCAGGAUUUAACAAUGCAGAUUCAUUUAUUUUUUAUAAAUGUUGAGUGGUCGCUUUUUUUCCUAGGCCUGUAUUUUACUGCAAGCUUUCUCACUGGAAUAACCAGUGUUGCCUCUUAACUGGAACUUAAUUUAGCAAUAAAGUGGGUUGCAGGUUGGGAGAUUUAUGGAAUUGGUGUCAAAUAUGUGUUCAGGUCCAGCUCUUCGAAAUAGUUAUCCUAUGAAAAGUGAACUUGACAUGUAGUAGUGAGUCUUGCUGGUGAAUGCUGGCCUCAAGUCAAAAAUAAUUUACAGACCUAGGACUAUCAGAAAAUUGGCACUUCACAUGUUUUAUGUUUGUGGAUGUAAAUUCAUAACCAACCUACAAAUUUAUUUACGAUGUGAUUGUAACAUGUGAAAUGCACAUUUAAGUCCGCCGUGUUGCAGGCUCGUUUGCCCAGACUGACUUGUUUUGAAAUCCAUGGCACCAGAAGGAAAACAUUUAAUCGGAACUCCAAUAAACAUGGGGGCGUUUCCACGUUUUAACCGCCUGGCUCGGUAAUGUACUGCUUGGUUGUGCAGUGAGUAAUGCUUGUAUGGUUAUUUUGGGACGAGGACCCUGGGGCUUUUAAGCACUAAAGGGAAUACGUCUCUGGAAGUCUGACAAACCGAUACGGUAUGCGUGAUCCCCGUUUGAAUCACCGGGAUGUGCUUAUUGCAAACUGGUCGCCUUCAGGCAGUUUUCGCAGGAACUAGGCGCAGACAUCCACCGGCGCUGUGGCUUUCUGGCGUAUUGUAUUUGCAUAUGACCGUUCGAUCUGCUCGCCCGUUUUAUUCACACGCACAUGCUAUCACUGAAGUGAGAUACGGAGAAGGUUUUUCCUCACUUUUCCUUAACUUCUUCUGGCAUCUUGUGAGUAAUUUUAUGUGAAUUUUUAUUGCGAGAGUCUGUUUUUAUCUUGAUUCAUCAGGUAACAAUAUUGUCCAAAAAGUUGCAAAACCAUGGAAACUGCUACUUAAAAAUAUGUAGGACUGGAACAUUGAAAGUACUGGAUAUACAUACGACUUGGCUCUAUGUACCAAAUGUGUCUCAUACAGUCCAACGGCAUAUGUCGCUCAGCACCUGGAGAAAAUGACCGCUCCCUGGUUGACAUCUCAGCCCUCCUACGUGACCAACGCCUCGGACCUGUUUGAGACGGUCAUCUCACAAUCUCACAACAAAACAUGCAGCAGCAGUGAUAGCUUUAAGUUUCUGGCUUAUACUGUCACAUACUGCAUCGCCUUCCCUGUGGGUCUUCUCUGCAACAUAGCGGCCCUUUAUGUGUUCUUAUGCCUGACGCCUAAAAAAUCUGCCAACACCGUCUUCACCACCAACCUGGCCCUGUCGGACAUAGGCUUCUCCCUCACCCUGCCAUUCCGGCUGGUGUACUAUCUGCGAGGCGGCCAGUGGGACUUCCCCGAUUGGCUGUGUCGCUUGUGCAUCUUCUCCUUCUACUUGAACCUCUACACCAGCGUGUUGUUUCUCACGGGGCUCAGCGUGCUACGCUGCAUCGCUGUGGUAUACGCCGUCCGUAGCAAGUCCCUCAUCACGGUCCGUCGGGCCAACAGGGCCUGCUUGGGGAUCUGGAUGUUUGUGGCCCUCACUUCUCUGCCGUUCCUCUUCUCUGGGAUCAUUAAGCGUGAGGGGAAGAUCCGUUGCUUCGAGCCCAGUGGUUUAGGCUCCUGGAAGCGGAUCCUGGUCAUGAAUUACAUUGCUCUGACCUUUGGCUUCCUGCUGCCCUUCUUCAUCAUCCUGGUGUGCUACAGCUCCAUCAUACACAAGCUCAUCAGGAGCAAGCAGAGACACAAACGGAGCAAGAAAAGCAAGCAGAGGGCCAUCAGACUGAUGGCAGUGAUCCUGGCCACGUUCCUGCUUUGUUUCCUGCCCUACCACGUGGUACGCACUAUUCACCUCCACGCCAUGGUUGGCAUGAAUCCUAACCAUCCUCAGUGGUGCAAGAUAAUGGAACUUCUCCAGAAGGUUUUGGUUGUGACCCUCUGCCUGGCAGCCGCCAACAGCUGUUUUAACCCCUUGCUCUACUACUUUUCUGGAGAGCGGUUUCGUGAAAACAUCCGGAACUCUUCCAGGCUACGUUCCCGCAGCUUGACCAGCUCGUUCAGCAAUGGGGCUUUUCAGUGGAAAGGGAAAGUCAGUUUCAGUCUGUAGAGGCUGGAUUAUCAGUCAGAAUAUAAAUUAUUAGACGAGGAUUCAUGUCUUGAGUUGCUACUGAACAUUAAAACAAAAUCCAUCCAGCCAUUCUCAAGCACUGCUUCUCCAGUAAGGGUUUUGGUUACCUGGAAUCUAUCCCAGGACGAUGAGUAAUUGAUGAUUAACUUCAAAGCCCUUAAUGAACUAAAUGUAACUUCAACAAUAUGGUCUGUGCUCUCCUAAUACGACUUGUGAGAUCUUCAUUGACACUGAGUUGAGGGGCAGAAAAAAAAAGUACUUUAGAAACACUGAUUUCAGUAGCAACCAUAUUUUACACUUUUAAAGAUACUGUACAGACAGAUAUACACUGUCAGUUUGUUUUAUUGUUAUUGUUUAUUAUUAUUGUUUGUUAUUGUUUUUAUUGUUAUUGUUUGUUAUUGUUCAUUGUUACUUUUUGUCUUACACCAAUACACAUGAAGGGUAAAUGGCACAGAAGUUUUUUCCUUCACUCAAGGUAAUCCACAGGCCGUAUACUGAGCUAGUUUCAUGUAGGAACAAUUUUCUUUCCACCGAACUCCACACACCAACUGUAUCACUGCACAGAAUAUAGUGCCAGGUAGGGUUGGGCCAAUACCCGAGUCUGCAAUGUCAGUUAUUGGCGCUAAAAUAUUUGGUUCUAUGUGGCAGAGAUACUUGGUAGAAGGAGCUGGUGUGUGGAGUUUGGUAGGAAGAAAAUAGUUUCUGCAUAAAUCAAUUCAUAGACGUUGCAGUGAACAAUCUUGAGUAACCAGAUCAUGAUUUCUGACAAGAAUUUUUUUUAAUGUUUGGCUGAACUACCCCUUUAAGGAUGAACUUGAAGUGUU